UACACCAAAUCUACCUCAAUUUCUAGCGAAUGAUUAGUACAGUUAAUGUUAUUUAUUACUGUUUAACAGCAAUUUCGUGUGAUUUCAGUAGGAUGUUUUACGUAGACUAGGUAUUGUAAAAUUUGUCUGUCAGUAUGCCGGGUUGUUCAGUUUAUUUAACAUCAUCGUAUUAAGAAUGGAAAUGAAUUCAUAACUCGGUUACUUAUACGACUAUACAAGAUUAAGAUGAGAUCAGCUAAAGGCAACUAUUUGCUUUUGCACUCGCUGUUGUGGUACUUUUGUGAUAUACACGCAUGGAACGCUAAUUCACAAACCUACGAAUACCCUGAAGAUUACUCGAGUCAUUUAUGUACUGGAAACGAUGAUACUCCUUUUCAUUUUAUUAUCGCAGGAGCAGGCAGCGCUGGAGCAACGUUGGCUGCGAGAUUAAGUGAGGUAACAUGUUGGAACAUACUGCUGUUGGAACGAGGAUCUGAUCACGUUGAAAAUAAAACUGAAAUACCUUACCUUUGGACCACAAAUUUGAAAACUGAAUUAGAUUACAAUUAUUUGGCUGAACCGGAUGAAAAACUUUACAAAGGUUUGGACAGUAAAAUUAGCUCAAUACCUAGAGGCAAAGCGAGUGGAGGAAGUUCAACCAUAAAUGCUCAAAUAUUUCUAAGAGGUACUCGUAAUGAUUUUGACGAAUGGAAAGACGCAGGUUGUGAAGGCUGGGAUUACGAAUCAGUGAAACCGUACUUUUUAAAAAUGGAAGAUUAUCGCAGUAAGAAUUUCAAUCCUGUCUAUCAUAACAAAGGAGGUCCUAUGACAUGCUCUAGGUUAGAAUCCGCUGAUCCGGCAGUAUCGGUGUUUGAAAAAGCAUUCGUUGAGACAAAUCUAAGCUUGAUACCAGAUUUAAACGCAGAACUCACGACUGGCUAUGGUAUUUCCGACAGUACUACAAGAGAUGGUCGACGUUGCAGCACCUUUAAAGCCUACAUAUCGCCGGCUACUUCUAAAAAAAAUUUCUUUUUUGCUAGAAACGUUCUUGUACGUAAAGUAGUAAUCGAUGAGCGAACCAAAAUGGCCAUAGGUGUCGAGGUCUCCGUAGCAGAUGGAAAAACUUGUGUAAUUAAAGCGCAACACGAAGUAAUACUUUCAUUAGGCACAAUUGUUUCACCUCAGAUAUUAAUGUUGUCCGGAAUAGGUCCGAAAAAUCAUUUAGAAUCGAUGGGAAUUCCAGUAAUAGCUGAUUUACCAGUAGGUCUGAAUUACCACGAUCAUUGCGGUUUCAUGGGUCUCGUCGCUACUGAUAAUUUACAUCGUUCGCCCGAGGAAAUAAAAAAAACUUCUGACCAGAUAAACCAAGAUAUGAAAAAAAUGUUCGAUCAGAAUGUUGCAACUUUAGGAAUAACUAAUCUGAUGGCUUUCAUCAAUACUAGAAACGAUGGAGAUCCCAAUCACGAUCUUCAAAUUAUUUGGAUGCGGCUACCUUAUAAAUCAUUUAUGAACACUUAUAACGGACGUCACACAUUAUACAAUUGUUUUGGCUAUUCUGAUGAAACUUGCAAUUUAUUCACCGAAUGGAACGACAAAGCUGAUACCUUGUUUCCUAUGUUGGUCGUCAGUAAAGGGCAUUCCAGAGGUAGUAUUCAAUUGAAAUCCAUUAAACCGGAAGAUCCUCCGAAAAUCAUUCCGAAUAUUUUAGAAAACGAAGAAGAUGUGAAUACAUUACUUCGAGGGGUACGAUACAUGCAGAAAGUAUUCAAAACUAAACCAGUCGUCGACGCUGGUAUAGAAUUGCAAUUAAUAAAUUAUCCAGCUUGCCAACAACAUCCACUGGAUAGCGACGAUUAUUGGAAAUGUGCUUUCUAUCAUAUAGUGACAGGAUUCUACCAUCCGGUUGGUAGUGUUAAAAUGGGCGCAAAAUGCGAUUCUACCACUGUAUUAGAUUCUCGACUGAAGGUAAAAAAUAUACAAAAUUUGCGUGUUUGCGAUGGAAGCGUAAUGCCGCAUAUUGUAUCAGUUAAUACAAAUCCAACCAUCGUCAUGAUUGCUGAAAAAACAGCUGACAUGAUCAAACAAGAUCAUAAUAAACUUUUGAUGGAUUAAUACAUACCUAUUACGUGCAUUUGUGAGAAAAAUUCCAGAUCCAGGGGCUUUAGGUAUGCUUUUUUUCUAAUUUUGAACUUGAAUAUUUAAGUAUUUACCCACCUAUAAGAUAGUUUAUAAUAUGUACAAGUUACAUUAUCAGCUAUAUGUAGUAUCUAAGUACAAUAUGUAUAAGUAUUUGUAAUGUUGUUGUUCAACUUAUCAUCCGUAAGAGCGAUCCAGCUUCAAUUACUACUCGUAUUAUUCAGGCUUCCAAUUCAAUAAAAUUCAGCGUACUAAUUAAAUACUAAAAAUCUUAACAUUUUGAAAAAAAACUUGAUU